AUGAAAGGAGGAACGGACAUUUGCGAUGACCCGCACAUGAAAGGCCUGCGCGGCCAGCACAUCGACUGGUUCGGCGUUGACGGUGGGUGGUACGCCUUCAUUAAGGACGAUGACAUUGAUCUGCACGUGAACGUCCGCCUCACAGCACCUCUCCCCGAAGAGUUUCCUGAACGCCAGCUGGUCACCGGCCUCUCGGUCAUUGCCGGGGAACACUCCCUGAUUCUCGAGGUGACGAACCCCUACGACACUGACAUUAACGGUGGCUGCCUCGACGGAAUGUCGACACCAUGCUUGGCCAACGGCGGGCUGAGCGUGACUGUGAAUGGCGAGAAGCAAAUGGUCGAUUCGCCCCUGCUCCACCCCAUCAGGUACUGUCGGCGAAACCUGAUCGUGACCGCAUGGUGCAUAAGACUAUCAUGGACAGCGCCGUAG